GCACUUGUGUUCACUGAUCUGAGGCUGGAGUCACAGAGUUGUGGUUCUAAGUAGUAAAAAUAAUAAAUAAGAGUAAAAUUUGAAUUGGAAAUCUGCAGCUCUCAAUAUAUUUGUGAAAAUAUCAGUUGAUUGCAACUAUUUUUUUUCUGUAUCUGCGAGUUUAAAAGACAAGAAUGUGAAAACAUUUUAUAAGUGAAAGAAAAACCUGUUCUACACAUUCUGACCUUUUAUUCUUUAAAUGUUCACAUUUUGCAGCACAUUUAACUUGAUAUUCAACCAUGUAAAACACAAAAAUACUUGCAGUAAAGAUAAAGACACUGGCUCUGUGUCUGAAAGCCAAAUGUCUCACAUUUGAAGGAUUAAUAACUGUGAAAUAUUUAAUAAUUUUUGUGUCUGAAUGUGAACAUUUUUGAAUUGAAGAACAAUUCAUGGUAUAAUAUGUGCCAUGGUGUGACAGCUUUUUAUUUACUUGUCAUUCAUAUAUUGUAAAUGUAAAAACUGAUCCGCCUCCUUUGUUCAUGUUCAAAGUGUUAAACAAACAGUGUUUACGUCAAACUGCUCCACUUCCUGGACUGUGUCAAAGCCUGAUAACUCCUCCCUCUUCUUCCUGAAACACUGUAAAUGUAUUUCCUUGUUCCCUCCCCUUUAGAUCUGCAGUUUGAAGAUGGGUGUAACAAACAUGUUGUAACGUUUCAGAGCCGACAGGCUCCAUUCACUACAGAAAAGUAUGUUAUGAGAUCAGAGGUCAGAAUGCUUUCGUUUCUGCCAAAGAGAAACUGAGAGGAGAAAUGGCACAGAAAGGAGUUCAGCUGGACCGAGAAACUAUUUCUUGUUCCAUCUGUUUGGAUCUACUGAAGGAUCCGGUGGCUACAACCUGUGGACACAGCUACUGCAGGAACUGUAUUAAAAGUUUCUGGGAUGAAGAGGACAGGAAGGGAAUCCACAGCUGCCCUCAGUGCAGGAAGACUUUCACACCGAGGCCUGUCCUGGAGAAAAACACCAUGUUAGCAGCUUUAGUGGAGCAGCUGAAGAAGACUGGACUCCAAGCUGCUCCAGCUGAUCACUGCUAUGCUGGACCUGAAGAUGUGGCCUGUGAUGUCUGCACUGGGAGAAAGCUGAAAGCCAUCAAGUCCUGUCUGGUGUGUCUGAUCUCCUACUGUGAGAAACAUAUCCAGCUUCAUUUUGAGUCUCCUGCCUUUGAAAAACACAAGCUGGUGGCCCCCUCCAAGAAGCUCCAGGAGAACAUCUGCUCUCGACAUGAUGAGGUGAUGAAGAUUUUCUGUCGUACUGAUCAGCAGAGUAUCUGUUAUCUCUGCUUGAUGGAUGAACAUAAAGGCCAUGAAACAGUCCCAGCUGCAGCAGAAAGGACUGAGAAGCAGAAGGAGCUCGAGGUGAGACGACUAAACAUCCAGCAGAGAAUCCAGGAGCGAGAGAAAGAUGUGAAGCUGCUUCAACAGGAGGUGGAGGCCAUCAAUGGCUCUGCUGAUAAAGCAGUGGAGGACAGUGAGAAGAUGUUCACUGAGCUGAUCCGUGUCAUCCAGAAAAGAAGCUCUGAUGUGAAGCAGCAGGUCAGAUCCCAGCAGGAAACUGAAGUGAGUCGAGUCAAAGAGCUUCAGGAGAAGCUGGAGCAGGAGAUCGCUGAGCUGAAGAGGAAAGACGGCGAGCUGGAGCAGCUCUCACACACAGAGGAUCACAACCAGUUUCUACACAACUACCCCUCACUGUCAGCACUCAGUGAGUCUACACACUCAUCCAGCAUCAAUAUUCGUCCUCUGAGCUACUUUGAGGAUGUGACAGCAGCUGUGUCAGAGACCAGAGAUAAACUACAGGACAUUCUGAGAGAGGAAUGGACAAACAUCUCACUGACAGUCACUGAAGUGGAUGUUUUACUGUCACCACCAGAGCCAAAGACCAGAGCUGGAUUCUUAAAAUAUUCACAUGAAAUCACACUGGAUCCAAACACAGCAAACAAAUAUCUGUUAUUAUCUGAGGGGAACAGAAAAGUAACAAGAAUGGAACAACAACAGUCUUAUUCUGAUCAUCCAGACAGAUUCACUGAUUAUUUUCAGGUCCUGAGUAGAGAGAGUCUGACAGGACGUUGUUACUGGGAGGUGGAGUGGAGAGGGGGAGGAGUUUAUGUAGCAGUCGCAUACAAGAAUAUCAGCAGAGCAGGAGAGUCAGAUGAAUGUUUAUUUGGAUACAAUGACAAAUCUUGGUCAUUACGUUGUUACACAAACAGUUAUAAAUUUUGUCACAACAAAGUCCAAACUGUCCUCUCAGGUCCUCGGUCCUCCAGAGAAGGAGUGUACCUGGAUCACAGUGCAGGUAUUCUGUCUUUCUACAGCGUCUCUGAAACCAUGACUCUCCUCCACAGAGUCCAGACCACAUUCACUCAGCCGCUCUAUGCUGGACUUUAUCUCUAUGGAGAUGGAGCCACUGCAGAGUUGAUUAAAGUCAAAUAGAGAAGACAGGUUCAUGUUGAUCCCUGACCAUUAUAUGUACUUGUGUAGUUUCUAAAUGAGGCUUUACAUUUUAGAAGCUGAGAAGUUCAGUGGUCCAUUGAUGUGUGAAAAUAAUAUUGCACUGAUUCAAACUGUACUUACAUUUAUAUACCUUACAUCAAUAUAAAUCUGAAUUUGUUCUUAUGGCUGAUAAUCAUGUGAGUUUAAA